AUGGGUUCAAAAUUUCCCACGGACUUGGAGGGCCGUGUCAGCUUUCUGACCCAAGAACGCGUCCAAGUCGUGCAGAUGCUUGCCGUGAAAAGCUCAAAGGCCAAAGGGGUGCCAGAUCCAUCCGAAGAACCCAUCAAGUCCCUAGUCGCUCGCUUAGACGCUCUCCUCGCGUGGCUGGAUACUGACGCCGAAAUGACCCAUACCCUCAUAGAGAGAAGCAAGAUCGAUGAGGGCUUGAAGCUCAUCUUUUCUGGACCAAACUCAGUUCAUUUUGCACCGGAGCAUAUGAAAAAGGCAAAGAAGUUGCAUGACAAGUGGGAGGCGAGCAAUCAGGGCGGCACCGCGCGUACACAACCUCCAGUCGGAUCACCUCGGUGCAAUGGUGGGCACAGCUCGCAAAGCGGACCCGAAAAUGGAAAGACCAGGAAAAGAGAUGAAAGCGAUCGAGAGCCAGAGGAAAGCCGCCUAGCAAGAAAACCAAGGGUCAACGAAACUCCCGAUAACAUUAAGCGGCCACCCACUAAUCAUUCCAUAUGGGGAGUCGAUGGCAUCAUGCAUGGCAUAGCCCUGAAAAGGAACGGAGGCAAGAAGAGCAAAGUGCUCAACCCCGACUACAUGCAUGAGAAGCGCGAUGCCAAAGUGUACGGGCAUAACGGUCUUGAAGUUGGGCGAUGGUUUCCUCUCCAACUUUGCGCUCUUUUUCACGGCGCACACGGCUCGUCACAAGCAGGUAUCGUCGGUGACCCCGAUCAGGGAGCCUAUUCCAUCGUUGUAGCUGGACAGUACGACGAUUUGGACACUGACAACGGCGAUACGCUAUACUACUCAGGCUCUGGGAGUCAUGAGAAUACGGACCCGAGACGACCUGCCGAGGCUACCAUUGGAACGAGGAGUUUGCACGCUUCAAUCGAGAGAGGGAAUCCUGUUCGCGUGCUUCGAUCUCACAGCGGUACGAGUCGCUGGGCGCCCUCCAGAGGUCUACGAUAUGAUGGACUAUACAACGUUGUUGGCGUGAGGACACCACGUAACGCCAAAGGAGGAAAAUACGAGCAGUUUAGGCUCGAGCGCAUCGAGGAAGGCCAGAUCCCGCUCCUAGAUUGUAGGAAGCGACCUGACGGGAAGGAUCUAAGAGAUCUUGAUCACAUCGAGUGGGGCUACCCGAAUGCGAGGUGA